AUGCGAAGACGUCAGUCACUAAUGCCUCCAAUCAUACCAUGGCCGAGUCACCAAGAGCUGCUUCGGGCUUUAUACCGGCAACUACUACGGAAUCUCACCCGACUUCGAUCUUUUAUCCCAGAUAUAGAUGCUGGAGAGAACGCAAGUGGUGAGUUAAUCAAAGCCAAGAGGAAUCCACAAUUGUACGGAGAACUUCUACGAACAGAGUUGAAAUACAGAAUCGAUGAGGAAUUCCGCAAGGUUCAUCCAAGAAUUAAUGAACGCAGUUUUUAUUCCAAUCUCAUUAUGGGUGAGAGACUCAACUCAAUGCUUGAAUCCGUCAUUAAUGGAAAAGACAUAAAGACGGUCCAACAAGGCUGGAGUGGCAUUAUCCAGAUCGUUGUUGACCAUCGCAAUAUGGAACAAGAACGAAAUCGUUGGAAAAUGGCUUAUCUUCGCAACAAGAGCGAAAUCGACCAACGAAGGGAUAAGGAUACAGACUCACUCACAGCCAGGCGUCGAAGCUCGUCUCGUAACAGAACUACGGUGGCCCAGACGAAUUUUGCCAACAUGAGUCUUAAGGAGCAGCGCAAGGCUAUGAGAAAAGCCGAGACUAAAGCUUCGGAAAACAGCGCCUUUGUCGUUCGAAAUUACCUUAAGAAGCUUCAGUUGGAGGGCAAAAUCCCAAACCCAUACAAGUUGCCGUAUGUCCCAGUUUCGCUAUCCAGACUGUUGAUCGACAUGCCACGGGAUGAUGUUCUCAUCCCAGGAUCCACAAAAAGCGUUGUAUUGGAUGCAGCGUACGACUCCGAGUAUAUUGAGAGCAUCAUUAAGCCUGAGGUAGAAUUUAAGAUCAACCAUUUGCACCAUAUGGGUCAGAUUGAGAGAAAUAUCAAGGAUGGCCCAUACAAAGUGAAAAUACGCAAUACCAAUGCUGGUGUCAUGACGGCCCAUUUUUUAAGGCUUCCAUUUAAUAGAGAAUCUCAAAUGAGAGAGAUUGCUCUUGAUAUUAAACGACUGAUGCGAGCGGUAAGGAAACAAUUUGUCUGGAACCUUCAGCCUUCGAAGGGCAUGUCUGUACCAGAGAAGAGGCAUGGCCAAGGGUAUGGAGUUAGGGAUAGCGGGGGUUUUUCUGCAGCAGAGAUCAUGUUUCCUAGAGAAUAUUAUGAGAAGUUGGUGUCGGAUGAGGCCUACUGGGAAAUGUUGAUGGAAAUAGAGCAAUUGAGAUCCAUUCGUGGAGAUUCUGUAUUGGAGGAUCUGGGCAUAAUUGAACGCCUACAUCGAAAAGCAAAUGCGUCUCUUGCAGAGUGGAACCAGCCUUUGGUGGAAGCAACCAAAGCUGUCAACGACGAAGUGCAAUACUACUACACAAAAUACAAAAUCGACCUGAAUAGUCCAAUUUGGAAAGAUCAGGAACACUUCCAAAAGCUCAUGGAUGAGAAAUUUGACCACACUGUGGCCAGGUAUGCGGACUUACUAGGCAAGUUACAGCAAGACAGGGUGUUCAUGCAUUCAGAACUAUACAGAGCCAGUGUAGUCAGUCGGGAGCAUUAUAUUUCGGGACAGGAAAAGUCCAAAUUAGAGGAGAUACCUGAAAAUCCCAGAAGGGGCCAAGGGAAACAUCUUGGUGAUUACUUGGAGGACCAUGGCUUCAAGGCAUAUAUGCUGGGGUAUAAUUAUCGGCAACGAUUUGACUUCUAA